GGCUCUCGAUCAGUUCAGUCAGGCAGGCAGCGGGAGAUCAGAGGAGGGAUGGCGGAGAAGAGCCCUGACCCGAGCGGCGCGAACGGUCGGAGGUGUCCCGCCCUUUCUCCCGGAGAGGGGAUGCAGUCGCAUAGAAGCGGUUCCUCCAAAUGGGUUCGGCUAAACGUCGGCGGCACGUACUUUCUUACGACGAGACAAACGCUGUGCAGAGACCCGAAAUCUUUCCUGUACCGUCUGUGCCAGGCCGACCCCGACCUCGACUCUGACAAGGAUGAAACGGGUGCAUAUUUGAUAGACAGAGAUCCUACUUAUUUUGGUCCGGUGCUCAACUAUCUGAGACACGGAAAGCUGGUGCUGAACCGAGGCCUGGCAGAGGAAGGUGUGCUGGAAGAAGCUGAAUUCUACAAUAUCACUUCAUUGAUUAAACUUGUAAAAGACAAGAUCAGAGAGAGGGAUUGUAAGACAGCCCAGCUUCCUAUAAAGCAUGUCUACAGAGUCCUGCAGUGUCAAGAGGAGGAGUUGACACAGAUGGUCUCUACCAUGUCAGAUGGCUGGAAGUUUGAACAGCUGGUUAGUAUCGGUUCUUCGUACAACUACGGAAAUGAGGAUCAAGCCGAGUUCCUCUGCGUGGUCUCCAAGGAGCUGCACAAUCAGUCGUACGGCACAAACAGCGAGCCCAGUGAAAAGGCCAAGAUUCUUCAAGAACAAGGCUCUCGAAUGUGAAACGGCUGCGUUUUACGUUCCCCGAUCCUGCCGUCACUGGGCAAAACAAAACGCACCAUAUCACACAGAGAGAGCGGGAAGACCAGCUAUUUGGACCGGAUGCUCUAUAUUGUUUUAGAUUAACUGACACUUGUUUGUGCCUGCACAGUAAUACCGGACUGUGGUUUUUUAUGACGUUGGUGGAUAUAUGUGGUGGAGUCUUUGCUUGAACGGUAGGAAUAUGCAUGUCAUUAGUAAUCUGAGCAAGAAGGGCCUCAAUCAUGUCUGGUCCAAUCAUGUUUACUCAGGGUCUCUUAUUGACUUUCACAAUAUGUUAAUCAUAUCAUAUAUGUGGUCCAGUGAGUAAUUUUGUCAAAACAUAUUUAAAACUGUAUAGUAUGCCAUACAGAAAGUUGUGAAAAGUUAAAGUAAAAAAAAACUCACAAAGAUUAAUAUUAAGAGAGUGGAGCUAGUAUUUUUUUGGAUUGAGAUUACAUUAUUAUAGUGGUUUACGUGUAAUGUUGACUGGUGAGGGUAUUUUUAUAGCAAGGAUUUCAUUUUGGCAUGUUUGUAGGAACAAAGGUGUUUUUUUCUUUUGACUUGCAUAGUGUUAGUUGUUCCAGGAGGGUGAAAGAACACCCGUAACAGCCUCAAAAGUUACCUUACAUGUUGUGAGGUUUUACUGUUGUUGCCUUGAGUUGGUUAACAAGAGAACAGAAAAAUAUGUGUCUUCCAUUCCUGGAUUCAUUCCAAGUGGUUUUUGGGUAAACUGGAAUUCUUUUUGGAGGGUGACAAAAACACCCAACACUUUUGUGAUCAAUUACUAGUCGUGAUGUCCGGAUCUGUUUUGAUUCAAUUGGGGAAUGAAGGCAAGGCUACAAAAGCAUUUGGUCUAAUUUGUUUUGGCGAUACCGUUGAGAACAACACUUUACUUUCAUGACGGUGACUGUUCAUUUGUUGUUUAUUCUUGUUUCACACAGAUGGAAUUAGAAAGGACGCUUCUAAAAGAGUGCGUUUAUUGGCUUAUUAACAUCCACACAGUUUAACACCGCUGACUUGCUUGAAAGUUGAAAGUCGAUUCCAAAUAUAUAUAUGUCAUCCUAUAGUUUGUUUCAAAAACAUUUCGACAAUGUUGCCUUUAAUGAACCUACACAAGAUCUGAAUUUGUUUUGGAAUUGUGGUCAGGGAAUUAACACAUCACUUUGCUAGGCUACAAGCAUAUCUAUUUGACAAUGUAUAUAGACCAAGGAGCGUAAUAUUCUGUGCAUGUUGUUGUUUUUCCUAAUCCUCUCACACACACAAAGGGCUUUUAAUAGUGGAAUACAAGCUAUACUUUUUUGCAGAGAUUCAUCCGAUCUCUCUUAAUAUUGCCUGAUCGAGGCGAAGUUUACAUGGCUAGUGUUUUAUAAAGGACAAUACACGUUUACUUACCUUGACUAUGUGACACCACACUCUAGUUUGGUUCCAAGACCUGUAUGUUUACAUAUCCUCUCGAUGACCUAGUUAGUACCUGUCAACCUUGUGUCUUAGCAACUAGAGAGGAGGUUUCAAUUCUUUUCGGUGGAGUGUUAAGUUGCUUGCUCACUGAGUCGGUGUCUCAUGGUGAAAUGUGCCUCUGAGGCUCCACAGUGCAUGCUGUCCAGAUAGUGCACUGAACAUGCCCAUCACUCACCGCUGACGUCCAGAGCGAGAAUCAAGGCGAUGCUGGAGCGUGAUAGUCAUCACUGUGUAGGGCGUUGCAGUGCUACCCCUAAAUAUGUUCUUUUUCCAGAUCUAAGCGAAGGAUGUCUAUCACACUUCUCCAUUAUGUCUGCUGGAUGCAGUCAGCCACAGUCUGCAUUUCAGUUGCCUGUUUACGUAAACUUAUUUUUAACGGGCACCGGUUUUCCCUCUGCGGCAGCUGUAGGUGUCCGAGAUGAUGUCAUUCUGCCUCGGUUACAUUUCUUUCUCGUUGUAAAGCGUGCAAUCUGCAAACUGUAUUUUGAAAACGGGCAGAAGCUGACUGAAAUGUCUUUUGCCUCACUUUGUCACUGCUGUUCCUAUAUACUUAUUAUCCUAUAACAUGUUUUUGUAUUUUUUUUAAGCUUACAAUUUGUGU